UUCACGAAGGGGUUGCUUCUCAAACUAACCAAACAAUGCUUAGGCCCAUCUUACUAAUUUUUUGCACGUUCGCACUUUGUGACGCUUAUGUAAGAUUUAUGAUCAGCGGUUAUGAAAUGCAGAAAAGAAUCGAAAGUCAUAAAAGCACACUAAUCGAACUUUCAAAAGAAUCUUUUGGAAACGAAUUUGAAUUGGUCUGCUAUGAGGAGAAAUGGGUUAAGUGGAGACUUUUGAAGUGGUUUCCAAAAAGAAUAAAAUGCAGUGCCUUCCUGGAAAAGCUGACUUACGAGGUAGAUGGGAAGAAAGCGUUGGUGGACUGGUAUCUUGUUGACGGAUGUCAAAAAGAAGCAUCUAAGACUAUACUACAAGUAACAGCUCCUGAGUUGAACCAAAUUCAAGUGAAAUACCGCACAGUGGGGUACAAUUAUAUGAUUGAGGACAAAACCCAGUACUAUGAUCGAUACUCUUCUCAAUCCUCGGUUGAUAUCAAAAGAUCGCCAACUUGACACUGAAGAAACUGAAUGUAUGGUCGCAGUAAACGUUUUGUUGAAUGAAA